AUUAGUGAGCGAGACAACCCAGCCCUCACACCAAUCAUUGAUGCCUUGGAUAUGAUCCAGGAUCCAGAUAUCAAUAUGGAGGUAGAGAUUCCAGCCACAAGAUUGCGUGAUUUCUUGCCAGAAGACACCAGUAAAUAUUAUCGUUACAAUGGGUCUCUGACCACACCGGGCUGCUUCGAAAGUGUCAUCUGGACAAUAUUUGAAGAUAAACAGACCAUUUCGUUUAAACAGCUCUCAAAGUUUAGAAAUUUGUUGGAAAAGAAACACAGGAAGCAUGGUGGUCAUUCUCGUAGAAGCCGAAGACAUAUGAAGCGAGGCUCAGCGGCAGCUCUUGAUGAGGCUGGAAUCAAAGGCAACAUUGCAGAGGAGCUGGAACUAGAGGCAGCACUGAAACGUGAAUUAGCAACUCACACUGAUGAACCACAUCACCAGGAUCCAGUUGGUCAUGCAAACAUUGGAGAAACACCAACCAAAUUUCAGUUAUAUGAUGAAGAAGUUCCUAAAGAGGCUCAGACUGAUACAGAGAUGAAACCAACUACUGAAGACCAUGAGGAUCAUGAUGAGGAAGCUACCCCCGCGCCAAAACCAAACCAUCAUCAUCAUCCAGACCAUCACCAUGGAAAUAGUGCUGGUACAGAGAUUGAGGUGGAAGAAGUAGAAAUGAUACAGGAAUACCUUGUAAACAACUUUAGGCCAGUUCAGCCCCUAAACGGUCGUAUUAUUCAACGCAGUUUUGAAUUUGAAGAUGUCAGAGUUCGCCAAAUUCAUGGAUCCACUCGAUCUCGAAAUUACAACAGUUAUGAAGUACACAAUGCUGGAAACCCAUUACACAUAUCACAUGUAGUCAUUCUUGUGUCAGCCAUAUUGUCCGUUAUCAUGUAUCUAUAA